AUGAAUUCACAAUCUAAAGCAAGAAAGGACCUUUUGGACACCAUUGAGCAUUUGAUAGACGACAUCAACGAGAUAGGCAACGAAAACUUGCUUGACCAUGUGAAAACACUGCACCAGAAAGUAAAGGCAGUUUUUGACAAAAGUAAAGCCGAAGAAGAAACGUGGUCGAAAACUAUCCGUGAAUUAAAGCUAGAAGUGUCUAAUUUAGAAGGGGAAGUACGAAAACUUAAAGACAGGCUUGCUGAAGCGCAAGCAACGUGGAUUUGGGAAUCGCAUGUGGCAAGAUUCGUCAUUUCGUCGAAAAUUAAGUUAAAUAAAUUCGGCAAGGAAAAACAAAUGAUGGAUUGUGUGAAAAAAGAGGAAGAGAAUGGUAAAGAAGAAUCGUACCGUUGGAAACGAAUCCAAAGCGCUAUCAAAGUCGAAUGGACGGUUGCCCAUACGCUCUUGAUAAAAUCCAUAAGAGAUGAAAGAAAUCAUAUUGCCCAUCCCUCCUACAUCGACUUACACGAAAUAGAAAAAAGCCUUAUGCAUGAUGCUUCUGAAGACGAAAGACGAUGCAUCAAAGAUAUGAUGAAUAUGCUAAAACUCAGCGCAAGUUUGAUGAAAUUUGGAAGGCUAGCAUAUGAUUAUAACAAGAAUAAAUUAUCGCUUCUGCACCCUUGUUUCACGAAAGAACAUGCUCGCGCAAUUGGUGAUAUGGCGACAUGGGAUCGUGAGUUUCAGCAAAUCCAAACUGGUCUACAAUUUGUCAAGCCCGGCGAUGCAACGUACUACUUGGAAGAAUAUGUUGGUCACACCAAAAGCAGUCCAUAUCUUGAAGUUGUAGAUGCAAUCAAGAAAGUAAACCGCAAACGCCUAGGUAUUGUAGCGAGGGAGUUUGAGCUUGAAGUACUAAAUCGUGUCGGUAAGGAGAACGAAACUGACAUCAGUCGGGAGGUGGUGGAGCAGAUCAAAAAAGAUAGUGGCGAAUGGAAAACAUUCAUGGAAAUUACUCAAGGAAAAAUAUGGAGUUCUACACAUAGCGAUGUUCUACUUGAAAUGAAGAAGCCCCCAGAGUUUGAUGCAGGUCAAAAUGUUGCCGAGCUAGAUUUUGAAACCGCAAAAUGCCUAAUACCUGAUUUUUUCGGGAAGUCUCUAUGGAAGAGUGCUUUGGACAUCAUAGAUUGGUUUGGAAUGAUGGGACCCACAAGAAGAUACAGCGCGGAAAGAAAAUCUUCUUCAAAAGACAGGCCAGUUCACCCAAGAAAGGUAUCUCGGCGUUCUUCCUCGGCAAUGUAA